AUGGCAUCACGACGGUCGAGGUCUCCAUCGACCCCAUCUGAGGGUGAGAUCAUCGAGUCAGGCUCAGAUACGAAGGCAACUACGUCACAGGCUUCUGUUAAUGGCAUCAACGUUGACCGUAAUACCAGAAUCAAUAUCUCUGCCCCAAGAUCCCCCCCUUCUCUUUCCAGACCGUUCUAUCGUGAGAGAUCGAGAUCGAGAACAAGAUCCCGUUCCCCAUAUCGUGGAUUCAAAGCCGACAAACGAAGACGCGAUGUCUAUUACGACUAUGAAAGGGGCGGCCGAACGAACUCGUCAAGCCGUUUGACUUCUAGAUACGAUGAUAGAUCUCAAAGCGGUUACAAUUCACGACGGCGUAGGAGAGGGUAUUACGAUCAUGAUCGAGACGACGGCAAUUACGAUUCUAGGAAACGACCUAGGACUCAAAGCAGGUCUCCGUUCCGCGAUGUUAGAGGUUCGAAACAAUAUUCAGGUGAUGAGCGAGAUGACAGUGACAGACCAUCCAAAACCCGUAACCUGAGUGGUAAACCCUGCGUGGGUGGUAGAAGGACGUCUACUGAACAGUUAGUGAGCGAGAGGGGGAAGAACCCAGGUGACGCUCGAAAUAAGAGACAACAGGCUGAAUCUCGAGAAAAUCAGAUGCAACAGUCUUCACCCACCGUCGCCGCAUCGGAUAAUACUCCUGCUUCACGCAAUGAUGACGAUGACUUUGUCAAUGGGUUACCCCCAGAGCCGGUUGAUGAAGCCACCCUGAUUGAACAACGCCGAAAGCGCCGUGAAGCCAUCAAAGCUAAGUAUCGUGAUCAGUCUACACCUCUCCUCGUAAAGGUCCUGCAAGCUGGGAAUGAGACAGAAUCCACAGUACAGAAUCCAGGUCAAUCUAUGGCUCAGAAUGAAACACCGGCAGAAACACCCGAGGAUACGUCAGGCGCUCCAUCGCCAACUGAACUAAGGGUCUCGCGAGAUGAGGACCUUGCUAAUGCCAACGUUGUGACUACCAACGGCGUCGACAAGGACGAAUCGUCUUCUGCGGACUAUGAUCCAACUCAAGAUAUGAGGGAGGAUAAGAUGCGUCACGACAAAAGACAUUUUGGUGAAGAGGUAUCUUCUGGUACUUACGAUGAAACUAAAACAGCAAAGCAAGAUGUGCUCGUUUCCAAUCCAACCACGGAGAACCCGGCCCAAAUUAAAGCGACGAACCCUCUAGAGAUAGACAUGUUUGCCCCAGAAGAUGAUAUGUUUGCUGAGGAGGCUCCCAUUACCUCCAAAGCCCCUGAAGUUAUUUCUAAGCCAAGUAUACCGCAGAAACUCGAUAUGAGCAUGAUGGACAACUGGGAUGACCCUGAAGGCUACUACAACGUCAUGUUGGGGGAGCUGGUGGAUGGGCGGUAUCAUGUUCAGCAAAAUUUAGGCAAGGGUAUGUUUUCUUCUGUGGUUCGUGCUACGGAUUCGAAAACAGGAAGGCUUGUUGCCAUUAAAAUCAUUCGCAAUAAUGAUACUAUGAGAAAGGCCGGUAUGAAGGAGAUUGAGUUAUUGGAACAGUUACUAGCGGCAGAUCCAGAUGACAAAAAACAUAUCAUCCGAUUCGAGAGGUAUUUCGAACACAAAGGCCACCUGUGCAUAGUGUUCGAAAAUCUCAGUAUGAAUCUCCGCGAAGUACUAAAAAAGUUUGGUCGUGAUGUUGGCAUUAAUCUCAGAGCCAUCCGUGCUUAUGCCCACCAGAUGUUCCUAGGCCUGAGCCUCCUCCGAAAAUGCAAUAUCCUCCACGCAGAUCUAAAACCCGACAAUCUCCUCGUUAAUGAAAACCGAAACCUUCUGAAGGUAUGCGAUUUGGGUUCGGCGUCGCCGGCCUCUGAGAACGAAAUUACCCCAUACCUUGUCAGCCGUUUUUAUCGUGCUCCCGAAAUCAUCCUCGGAAUUCCAUAUGAUUACGCCAUUGACAUGUGGUCCAUUGGAUGUACGCUCUUUGAGCUGUAUACUGGCAAAAUUCUCUUCACAGGUCGCACUAACAAUCAAAUGCUCCGCUCUAUAAUGGAAUGCAGGGGUAAAUUCCCGCCCAAAUUCCUCCGGCGAGGUACCCUUACUUAUCUCCAUUUUGACGACUUUUUAAACUUUCGCAGCACGGAAGAGGAUAAGGUCACGGGCCGCAUGGUGACAAAAAUCGUGGAUUUUAAGAAACCGACGAGGGAUUUGAAAACGAGGUUGAUGGGGAAGGGGUCGAAAGGGAUGAGUGAUUCGGAAACAAAGGAGCUCACGUUAUUCAUUGAUAUGUUGGAUCGGUGCUUAAGUGUCAAUCCAGAGAAGAGGUGUACGCCAUCAGAAGCAUUGAAGCAUCCGUUCAUCACUAGGGGUAAAAUUUGA